UAUGCGUGUGACUUUGACAACUUGCUCAAUUGUCACAUUAUGUCAAUUCAAUUCUGAACAUAAACAACACAACAACAAAGCAUGAGAAAUAAGAAUCUGAAAAAGCAGCAUAACAAAGAAUCAACAACAAAUGAAGUUUAAAUAGGAAAUAAAAUUAUUUAUGGGCGGUUUGAAUGUAAAUUUUUAGUUCGCCGUCCAAUGUUGAGCGUUAUUUGUAUUAAAUAAUAAUUGCAUAAAAUUUAAACAGAUAUACGCAUAUUUAUAAAUUAAAUAUUGUGCUGUGAAAUAUAUUUUACGUUGAAUUUGCUCUGAGUAGAAUUUGUGUAAGCUAUGUUGUGAUGACAGUUCCAAAGCCAUGGGCCUCACGUCAAUUGGGGAACCGUUGUGAUAACUUUUUAAAAGAAAGUAACGUAAUACAUUUUCUAGUCUUAUUUUUAAUAAACUAACAAAGGAACAACACAAUGAGUAGGAGUCGGAACAGCGGUAAAGAAGGAGUGCCUAAAGAUGAUGAUCAACAACCAAGUUCUUCCGGUUUGCGGCGUUCUUCUGUUUUAGAAACGGAAGAUAGUGAAGAUAUUGGACAUAUUGAAGAGAUUGAUAAUAGCAACAUUGUUGACGUUCGAACUUUAGGUGAUUUCAAAGAAAUAGAAAGAUUUGUUGAUAUACUGAUGAAAAAUCUUGAAAGAUUUAAUACAAUGGAAAUGUUCUGCAUAAUUAAUUAUUUAGUUAAGGCGUAUAAUGUUUGUUUAAAUGAAUACGGUAGUUCACCUAAAAAAAUGAAUAAAUCACUUGAACAGAAAAAACCCCAAAAUUUACUUCUGAGAAGAAAUGUGUAUCAUAUUUGGCAUAUUGAUGAAAAAGAAAUUAAUAAUUAUAUAUUCAAAUGUGUUAAUAUAUUGAAAAAGAAAAUAUUUCGUUCUAUAAACACUGAAGAUAAUGAUUCUGCAAUAACGAAUAUUCAAAAUCAAUUAAUUCAUCGCGACUCAUUACAAGAGCCUUAUGCACUUUCAGUGUCUACACUAUCAAAUCGACAAGAAUACAUUACUACCGAGGAGCAACUAAUAAGGGAAAGGAGAAAUGAAACAUUACAAGAAUCCUCUGUGUCUUCAUCAUCAAAGCGAAAAAAAAAUAACACUGAAGUGGAACUAAGAAAAGAAAAGAGAACUCAAACAUUACAAGAGUCCUCUGUGUCUUCAUCAUCAAAGCGACAAAAAAAUAACACUGAAGUGGAACUAAGAAAAGAAAGGAGUGCUCAAACAUUGCAAGAGUCCUUUGUAUUUUCACCAUCAAAACGACAAAAAACUAAUACUGAAGUAGAAGUAAGAAAAGAAAGGAGUGCUCAAACAUUGCAAGAGUUUUUUGUGUUUUCACCAUCAAAACGACAAAAAACUAAUACUGAAGUAGAAGCAAGAAAAGAAAGAAUAACUCAAACAUUGCAAGAGUUCUCUGUGUUAUCACCGUCAAAUCGCCAAAAAAAUAAUACUGAAGUAGAACUAAGAAAAAAAAGAAUAACUCAAACAUUGCAAGAAUCUUCUGUAUUGUUACAAUCAAGGCGACCACAAAACAAUACUAAUGAGCAACUAAGAGAAGAAACAAAACUUCAAACACUGAAAGGUCCUUCCGUGUCUUCACUAUCAAAACAACAACAAAUUAUUACUGAAAAGGAACUUAGACUUCGAUGUCGUCGCUCCAAAAAAACAUUACACCAAAUGCCAACAAAUUUAAUAAUAAAUAAUAAAUUUGAGGGGGAUAGUAAAUAUGAUUUCUUUUCAUGGAAUAAAACAUUACUUGCCCAAAAGAGUAAUCUUAAAUUAUCCAGUAUGACAACAGACACAAAAAAGUUGUUUUCUUCCGUGUCAGGGUCCAGUUUAGGGAUAAUGGCACGUGAAAAUUUAACAGGAAGUAAUAUCACACAAAAACAAUUAACUGCUCCCUCACUGCUGCCUGGUUCCGAUGCUAAUACUGACAUUAACUUUGUAACCCCCACAAUAAAUACUGAUAAUUCCUCCAGCAAAAAAACACAGAUUGAGAUGUCUUUUGAAUCACGUAUAUAUGGAAAAUAUACAAGUGUGAGCACAUUACCCAGCAUUCAAGAGGAAAAUUUUCGUCGAACUCUUUUAAAACGAUCGUCACAUGUUUUGGAUACUACCUCGACGCCGUACAGACCAACUGAACGUACUCUAAUUGAACAUUUGAGCGGAGACACAUCUCUAAACCACAUAAUUGAGUAUGAACAUGAUAAUAUUGAGAAAAAUAAUAAAGAUGCAAAUGCUGCAGCUGAAACAAAUUUAUCCCAACCAAACGUGUUCAAUUUGGAGUCUGAUCCACUUAAGAUCUGUAAUGAGAAAAAUACUGUAAUGACAGUAGAUGUUGAAACAAUAAACAUAGCUAGUAAUAUAACAUUUCAGGAUCAUAAAAAUUGGUAUGAUGUUAUGCGUGAGAGAGCAAUGGAUAUUAAAUAUACAGUGGAUGGAGUAACGAAAUAUCGGAAAAAAAAGAAGAAGAAAAAGCAACAGCAGAAAAUGUUAUGUAGCACUGAAGAACCUCAACUAGAGUUUGGACAACUUUUAGCACGUCAGCAUCUAUCAAAUGGCAUUGAUGUUAAUAGUCAAUUAGCUAAUGAUGUUAUUUUUCCCAACAUCGAAGUCGAAGUGAGUGCAAAUAAUAAACAUAAAUCCUUACAGCAAUCGCAUUUAGAAAAACCGAAUAGUUCAAAAAACAGUAUCGAAGAUUUGGAUGAUUGUGAAUUAAAUAACAUAAGAGAGAUUGCUAAUAGAGGUCAAAAUAAAACAACUAUUGAUCAAAUCAAUUCGAUUGAUGACAACAAUAAAAGCAAUGAAAAUCGUUCAAUAAGCGUAAUUGAUAAAAUUCGCAAUGUUCACAGAACCCCAAUAAGAACCAUCAUCAGUUCUCAUAAAGAGACGGUAGAUCCACAUACUGAAUUUUUAAUUGCAAAUAAUGAUGACAUUUGUGUGUUAAGUGAUAACAUUGAAAUGUGGCGUCGUAUGAUAAUAAAGAACAAGCAAUCAAUUCAUUCAUGUUUGCAGCCUUCAUAUAGAUAUGACCCUACAAUUAUAAUAUCUGCAAAUAAAUUAUAUUUGCAUAUUAAACUUAUAAUAUUGAAGGAAAUAAUUAUGAAUAGAAACGUUGAUCUUAAUAAAAUAAAGUCAAUAAAGACCCGUUUAGAGGCCAGUAUUGCAUUUUCGUUUUUAUUGGAACUUAAAUCUGCAGAUGUGAUUAAUUUAUCUACCGAUGGUUAUAUAUUUUCAUUAAAAUAAAUUGAUC